UCUAAAACUAUAUAUUUUUUUGAUCAAUAAGCAAUGGAAUCCAGAAUUGUAACUAGGAGUUGCAAAAAUUAUUGAUCACACAAAAUGGAAUUGGAAAAGACUGCUGAUGUGGCAAAGAAGAAAUAUUUGCCAAUGAAAUUAUGUUUCAAACCGAAAGUUCUUAUUGGAAACUCCUAUAUACAUAUUGGAUUGCCACCAAAAAUCACGCCAGUUGUGGCAUCAAAAUUUUACAGUACUUAUCAAGAUGAUCCAAUAUCUGAAGAAAAAAUUGAAAAAAUACGAAAAGAGUUAGAAACUGCUUCACCAAAAGAAAAAUAUGAAAAACCAUUAACAGAAAACCAGAAGUAUGGCUGGUACAAUCAAAAUUUUUCCAACAUUACUCAAGAAGAACAAAUGGAAAAAUAUUUAGAUUUUCGAAUGAAGAAAAAUCAAUUCAUCAUCGAACACUUGAUGAAUUAUGCAAAAAUUAGGGAUUGAAGGGAUAUGAAUUAUGACGUUACUCACCUGUUCUAGAACCUUCUCUAGUAGCUCCUAAAUCAGCAUCAACAGUACCGGCAGAUGUCUCAAUAUUUUCAUCUGCUUUUACAAAACCUGGAGAAAAACAAAAAAAUGUUCGAAUUAAAAAUUUCUCGCAUAAAACUCCCAAUUAUAUAUCCAAAAUUCCAGUUCUAGAGGAUAAAACUUACCAAUUAAAAAUAGUAAACAUACUCCUAACAAGAGAAAAUUCUUCAUUUUGAAAAAUCCACACAUACAAUUGGAUAUGAAUUAAUUAACUUCACACUUAAACAAAAGACAACUAAUUGAAUGAAAUUGGAUAUUUGUGUUGCUUCCUACUGAAAUCCAAUAUCAAA